CCCUCUUUGUCUUUCUUCUGACAACGAACCUCCUCAUCUGCCCCUCCCCCUAAUCAUAAAAUCCUUGAUCCUCCCUUCGCAUGUUUAUUUCACUCGGGUCAUACUGGAGAGGCUUAAACUUGCCCGGGUAAACUUGUAUCGAGAUUUACAAUGGUGUCAAAGAAAUUGAACUCCGGUCAGGAGCACCUUGAUAGUGACAAAACCCCACCAGAUCCCCGGCGUCAUGUGGUAUUGCUAGCAGUAUUUUUCUUCUUCGUCAUCGAAGCCGGUGUGCUCAAAUCUUUUGGGGUUCUCCUGUCACCUUUGGUCUUCCAGCUAGACAGCAAUUAUGCAACUGUUGGAGCGUUAUUUUCUUUACCGUGGAGCGUGGAAUACAUAUGUGCGGUGGUGAUCAGGUCACUGGUAAAUCAUACUGAUCUAAACAUGAUAUCGAUAGCCGGAGGAUUGAUAGCCGGAGUUGCCAUGACAACGUCAUCAUUCACCCGUACAACAUUGGCUCUAGCAAUUCCCUUAAUUUUCUUUGGAAUUGGUCAAAGCAUGUUACUGAUCCCAGCAAUUAUCUGUCUACAUCGUCAUUACAAAGAAAAUUUCGCUUUCGCCUGCUCAUUUGUCUUAGUCGGUUCUCUUGUCGGAGUUCUCAUAGUUCCUAUCGCAACUGAACUACUAAUUGAAGCCUACGGACCACACAGCGCCCUCUUUCUCCUCGGUGGUAUUUGCCUCAACAUGUUCCCAAUUGGUCUUGUCUUAAAACUACCAAAGGAAAAGCAAAAGAGAUCUCCUGCAGAUGUUUGUGAACACCUCUUGGAGGAUAUCGAUACUUGCUCGGCACCCUCUACCACUGCAAAGGUACAUUAUUCAAAUGAUAAUGUUAAUCACGCCAACAAUGUGGAGUGUGGUAUUCUGCAAAACGGAAGCAAUGUCCUACAAAGAUCAAACGAAAAAGGGUCACCUAAUCCUGAUAAGAUGGCUGGUGUUUAUUAUAAAAUGGGGAGAGAAAGCAACGUUGGAGGCGAAAGUGACAGAGGAAUGGUGAGUGAAAAUUUUAAAUCUUCAAAUUCUGGCUCUACAAAGAGACAGAGUGAUUCAGAAGUUGAUACCAUCAAGGAUGUCCCUCUAACUGCUCUAAGGAAAAUUUCAAAGAAAGUGUCAAGCCUGAAGACAUUCGCGGAGGAGGCGAAGUUCUUCCUGGCAUUCAUUUUACCCUGUGAUGUUCUUGGUUUGUUUACGUUCAUGAGUUGGACUUUAUUCAUUGUACCUUUUGCAAUCUCUGAGGGAAUCCCUGAAACCCAAGCAGUCUUCGUAGGGACCAUGGGAGGUGUUGGAGGUCUGGUUUCCAGGGUAUUGGGCACUGUUAUCCUGCACUUACAUCCGACCUGGGUGUCUGGUCAGUACGUCGUGUUCUGCUCAUUGACAUCGCUGAUGCUGUUUCUCCAACCCCUGAAGACGUCGUACACCUACAUCCUUGCCUGUUCGUUCUUCUUGGGCUUCGGUCUGUAUGGUAGCAGAUGCUUGUUUGAAGCUUUGGUGUCCAAUGUGGUCAAACCCGAUAUCUUCCCCACAGCUAUUUCCAUCACUUUUCUUUUCAGUGGCGUGAGUGGAAUUCUGACUGCUUACAAUUCUGGUUCACUGUAUGACAUGACUGAAUCCUAUGUGGUAGUCUUUUAUAUUCUGGGUGUCCUAGAAGCGGUCAAUGUGGGUAUCUUCCUCCUACUCCUAGUCAUCAAGAAGCGGCUGAGGGUCAGACAAAACCCAGACAUGGAAUAAUUCAAGAAGAGUCCACUCUAGGACGAAAAUUCGGCAAAUUAGUCAAUGUGAAUUUAAAAAGGGUCUCUCCAUUUUCACAAAAUAUAAAUCUGUUUUUAGUGUUACUACUUUUAUUUUGUUAUUGAUUGUAUAUUCAUAUAAUUUAUUCAUUUCAAAUGUAAUGAUGGUCCAGUCUUGUUUAUUGCAUUGACUAAAUUCAUUUGACAAACUGUGUUUUCCUGAUUUGUAUUUUAAUUGUUGAGAAUGAAAUAAAUGGAAAUGAUAUGAACUUGAAAAUUAAACAAGAAUUUUUUUUUAAUCUAAAUAGUAAAAAUGUCCAUCUCAGAACACUAACUUGGUGGCAUGAAUGGGAGACUACGUGCAUUAUUCAAUAUACAUAAUUAUUAUUUUCCUUUAUGGUCAAUUUUCUUGGGCUCCCAAUGCCAAUGCAUUGAAAGUUAAGAAAACAUAAUAGGAUAGUGAAAUAUUAUGGAUGAAGGCUUUGGGGCCGGCGGUGUUAGAUAUAUAGGCCUAUAUACUAACCACUUAAUUCAAAAGAAUUUGAUUGGGAUAUAUUGGGAAUAUUUUUGGUGGACCUUUAGGCGACAUAGGGAAGACGAUUGAAUCAUGUAACUUUGUUACUAAAAUAUUCAAUAUUUCGACUUAAAACGAAAGUAGGGUCUUUUAUACGUCGUCACAGCCAAGAGGUGAAAGAAAUUUUGGUAAAUAAGUUGAGGGGAAAAAGAAUAACAUUGCCUAGCUAUCAUUGCCCCCCCCCCACCCCCAAAAAAGGAAAAAAAUGGGAGGCUUUUGAUUUCGAAUGCAGGGCAGAUCGAGUCUAUUAUUUCCACUUCUCUCUCCCCCUCCAAUGUUAUUAAAGAAAUAAAACUAGAGGAGGCAUUUGUAGUUAUUUUCUGCAGAUUUUAAGUUAUGAGUGCGGGCGAGUUGAGUAGGGAGGGGAGGCGGUUGUUGUGGGAGGAGGUAAAGGCGGUAAUAGGGGGCGCUUUGGUGACUCAAGUCCCCCCCCCCCCC